AUGUUAGUUCCAGUUAAAGCCACGUUAAAGCACAUAAAAUCAUAUUCCUUCAUUUUUAAUAUGGAGAAUAAACAAAACAAAUCAACUCCGAAAAUUGACAACAAAAGAUAUUUAAAAUUAAUAGUUAAACAAAAGACAACAGCAUUGAAAAAUUGUGAAGAUAAGUUAAUUGAAUAUGAAAAUAUUAUCGAACGUCAACAAAAAAUGAUCGAUCACCUAUUAACCAAUAUUGUUCAAGUAAAAACAGAAAAUGAUAUUGAACAACAAUUAUUUAGGUAG